AUGACGGACAAACGCCUCGAUGCUGAUAAAAUGAUCGAUACGUCAAGCAGUGUCGAUGAAGCCGCAAUACAGAGCGAGGAAAUCGACGAAUUAGCCGACGACGACGAUGACAGAAUGAACGAAAACUCUCAGCGAAAUGGCGAUUUCGAAUCCACCAACGGUGCUCAACCGAACGAAGAAGAAAAGAUGGUGACUGACGAAUACGCCGAGGAUAUUGGGGGGCCACAAAUGCGAGGCAAACAGGACGAGCAGUCGGGAGAUGGGAGUGAGCAUAGUAAUUUAGUGUAUGAGGUUGAAGCUGUUGUUGGACAUCGUCUAAAAAAGGGAAGAAUUCAGUAUCUUAUUAAAUGGAAAGGUUAUCCAACCGAACAAAAUACAUGGGAAUAUCGUGAUAAUGUCUACUGUGAAUCAUUAUUAGGCAAGUACUGGGAUUCAAAAGAAGAACUUGUGAAACAAGACCCAACAAGACAACCUACCAAAUCACCGCCAGCAAAGUCAAAAAAGUCCGUCAAGAAUCAGUCAUCUCGCAAAAGUGAUAAGCGCACGAAUUCACGUAACUUGCGUGGUAAAGAAGAGAGCGAUGAGGACGAUAUACCGGCAUCAAAGCCAACUUCUCGAAGUUCAAAACAAUCUUCGUCAAGUAAAUUAGCGAAAAAUUCGAAAACAAAUAAGCAAGUUUCAAGUGAUGAUACAAACGAUAAUCGCCAACUAAAAAAACGCCGAGUAGAUACGUCUAGCUCAAAAAACAAGAGCAGUUUCGUUGACGACAAUCAAAUGGUGAUUGAGCAGUCAUCGUCCGAACAGGACGACGAAGAAUUUUGUCCGGCAGAAAUUGCUGGUAGCUGGGAACCGCAUAUCAAAGAAGUACAAACUGUACAGAUGGCCGAGGAUGGGCAGUUGAUGGUGUAUUUGAACUGGGUGAAUGGUCAUACGACUGCUCAUUCAGCAAAAUUAGUUAAUGCUAAAUGCCCGCAAAAGAUAAUUUCGUUCUACGAGAACAGACUUCAAUUUACAUCCAGCAAGAAAUCCCGUUGA